UCCAAAACCGGAGCCAGCGCCAAAGCCACCACCAGCCAGCAGGCCAACCGGCGCAGGCAACUCUCCGACUAGUGCACCGUCACGCUAUUGCCUGUGGCACUCUUGUGGUGCCUGCACUGAUACAAAAGGGAUUAGGCGAACCUGAGCAUAUGACCAAUAUGACACGCUGUGAGGCGGAGCCUGUGUGACUCGAACAACAGCCGAAAAGAGUCCCUCGUCAGGUUUACCCAUCCACCGUCCGCGAAUUCAGAUUGCUGUCUGCGUGCGCCAAAGUUCCUAUAUUCCUCACUGCGUUCAUAUUCAGAUAACGAUGUCAAACUAUACAUCUGAUGCUACGAUUCGUAGACUGUUGGAAAGCGACUGGAUUUUCAUUGGGAUUUCCGGAGUUACAAACGGCGGCAAGACUCACCUGACGGAAUACCUCAAGCAGCGUUUCCCAGGGUCAGUCACGAUAAACCAAGAUACUUUCUUCAGGUCGGAACACGAUCCGAAUCACGUGAUGGUAGCCGAGCUCAACCAUGCUAAUUGGGAAGCAAUGUGCAGCAUUGACUGGGACAGGCUACUCGACACCAUAAAUGAGACGACGAAUCAGCCUCCAACGGGCGAACCGUUGUUUUUCGUAGAGGGUCACAUCAUUUUCAAUCACCCCAAGCUCGUGCAGCUUUUUCGUAGGAAGUAUUUCUUCACAUUGACCGAGGAAGAGUGCUACAACCGUCGACGGUACCGUACGUACGAUCCGCCCGACCCACCUGGGUACUACGAUCUUGUCGUGUGGCCAAUGUACCUCAAAAACAAGGAAGAGAUGGAGAGGAGCGUCAAGGAUGUUAUUUACCUCGAUGGAGCCGGGAACCAAGAGGAAAUACACAGAGCUGUGGGUGAUGAGAUACAGAAACUGCUUGUAGAGUUAUCGUAUGAUCAUUGUUCCUGAUCCAGAUGACACCUUUGGCAUUUGUCAUAUAAUUGUUAUAAAUAGCUCUAUUACAGAAAAAUAAACUUCAUUCAUUCAUGUUUCA